AUCAGAUGGAACAGCAAUGGUUACAGUGCAAUAUGCUCGGUAAUUAACGACUGAUGAAGAACCAAAAAUGGUGGAGGAACUGUGGAUUGAAUGGACAUAACCUAUUUCUCAAUGUCAUACCAAUGUAAAGGCAAUUUCCUUCUCACAAUUCACAAACCAACCAUUCCCUCAGUGUUUCUGUUUCUGUCUUAAUGGAGAAGAUUAAACUUGGCAUGAGAUUUCAAGGUAAGGUGGCCAUUGUGACGGCUUCCACUCUGGGAAUCGGCUUUAGCAUAGCCCAAAGGCUUGGUUUGGAGGGUGCAUCUGUUGUCAUUUCUUCUCGGAAACAGCAAAAUGUUGAUAAGGCUGCUGGCAAACUGAGAGCUCAAGGAAUCGAAGUAUUGCCUAUUAUUUGUCACGUUUCAAAUGCACAACAAAGGAAGAAUUUGAUCGACAAAACUUUACAGAAGUAUGGAAAGAUAGAUGUCAUUGUGUCGAAUGCUGCCGUACAUCCUUCUGUAGAUCCCAUUUUGCAAACACAAGAAUCGAUCCUUGACAAGCUGUGGGAGAUAAAUGUCAAAUCCACCAUUCUUCUUCUCAAGGAUGCAGCUCCUCACUUGAAGAAGGGUUCGUCUGUUGUACUCAUUUCCUCACUUGCUGCUUAUAACCCACCACCUACCAUGGCUAUGUAUGGAGUGACCAAAACAGCAGUUCUUGGACUUACCAAAGCUCUGGCAAGUGAAAUGGCGCCCAACACUCGAGUGAAUUGUGUUGUUCCUGGAAUUGUGCCAACUCAUUUUGUUGCACUUUAUACCUCUAAUGAUGCUAUAAGGAAGGAACUAGAAAGGACGACAUUGAUUGGAAGGCUUGGUACAGCUGAAGAAAUGGCAGCUGCUACAGCGUUUUUGGCGUCUGAUGAUGCUUCUUACAUAACAGGAGAAAAUCUCGUGGUUUCUGGGGGAAUGCCUUCCAGGUUGUAGUUCCACUUUAUUGAAAAUUGUUAAAAACCUUAACUGUAAAUUUCUAAACAUCAAUUUAAGUGAGUAAACACACAAGAAAGUGAAAUGUAAAGCGCAUUUUAACUUGAUUUUAAUCAACAUUUACACAGUAACAUGGAUGGUUUUCGAUUUUUACAACUACUAACAUAGGCAGGAUACAACAUAUCGACUUAGUAAUACAAGUUAACGAAACUUGACAAAUAAAAUUUAGCUACAUUCCGGCUAGAAUUAGCUCAAACAUAAGAACACAACUACUCUGAACCCCUUCGGGCUCCUCUAGCUAUGUACAUAUAUAAGCAGAAAAAGUACAACCCAACUUCGUGGAUACAUUGACCGAUGACUGACCUUCUCAAAGUGAUUGUAGUUGGACUGGUAAAUCCUUGCGUCAUAUCAAUCAAAUCUUCUGAUUAUCAUGACAAUUUUAGUAGUGCUCUUAGAAUAAUCUUGCAAGCCAUUUUACACAAAAACCAGUAAUUGGAAAGUACUUCGAUUACUUAGUGUAGGAUUUCCCCAUCAGUUUUGUCAUUUCAGAAGUGUGUCACACUGAUCUGCAAGCAAAAGGAAAAA